GUUGAGAAAGAAGACGCAGCUCUAAAGGCAAAAAAAAUAUUAAAGAUUUUAUUAAAUAUUAAGAAAAUUAACAGCACAAAAGUUUAAAUAAAUAUAUAAUAAUUAAAAACAAAUAACAUUUUUGAAUAUAAAUAUAAAACAAAAGAAAAUAUAUUAAUUUAAAAAGCAAAAAAAUACAAAUUAAAAUAAAGGUGUGAAGAAGUGUUGAAGGAAAAAAAUACUAAAAAAAAUUCUGUGUGUUUAUUGUUGUUGUUUUUGGUGUGGUGUCGUCUGCUGUUGCUGCUGGUCUCUGCGCGCUGCUGUGAUAAUUUUCGACCAACUAUAGAAAUAAUGGCACAACAGCUAAUUUCAAUAGCUGGGACAAGUCGCGAAACCUUAUACGAAAGAUGCCUUUGGUGUUUUGUGACCAAAUUGAAUUACAGUCAACAAACCUUGAAUAAUGUCCAGCAACUACGUUACCUGCCACCAGGAGUGCUUAUUGAUAUUUAUGUUUUGAUGUCCCAACGAGAUGACUUAAAAGACAUGCUAUUUGAGCAAAUGGCUGAUUUGGAGAUUUUCGAACGUUUAUUGCGUUUUGAUCCAGCACGUCAGAAACUCUUUUUAUGUCUGGCUACUUUAAUAAGUAGAGGCAAACCAUUGGCAUCACAAUUGAAAGAGACCUAUAUAGGACGUUAUAAACAAACACCCGCCGCCAAUGAUGUUGUCAAAACACAAACAUCAACUGUGACAACAACAAAUAAGACUGCUUCCAAAUUGGCUAAAUUGGCCAAGGCGAAAUUAGCUUUAAAUUGUAAAACCUCAACAACAGCAAACACAUCAACAACAACAUCAACAACAACUGCGCCUACAACCUCAACAUCACACAGUAGUACAAGUAGUGUUAGUCCUGCUGAUAAAACACAAGAUGCAAACAUUUUACAAGAAGCCGACAACAUAGUUUUAACUGCUACCAGCGAAGUUGGUUUAGAUGUCAUUGAUUUUGGUCUGCGUUUGGGUUCUUUCCUAUCCGAGUCCGGUUGGUUGUCGGAGAGUAUAGAAAUCUUAACUUGUGUAGCCACCAAACUGAAACGUAUGACUUUAGAUAAGAAAUUAAAAAUUAUUUAUUUAGAUUGUUUACAAAGACUUUUACAUUCAGAGGCAGGUUUUAGUAAUUUUAAAGCUGCUGAACGUACAUUUGAUGUGAUUGUGGAUUUACUUAAACAAAUCGAUACCGAAGAGAUACCCAAACCAUUGCUGGCCAAUACUUAUACCCAAUUCUCAGAAAUGUAUUUUGCACGCAAUGAAUACGAUGACAGUCAUAUGUGGAGUGUGGUUGCCAUGCGUAAUUUGGAAGAAACUACACCAGAAAGAAUUGCCAUUGAUGUAUUGCGUCAGGCGGCUAAGGCUUGUGUGGUUAAAAGAGAUUAUCAGCGUGCAAAUAUGUUAAUUUGUCAGGCCAAGUCGAGGGCAAAAAAAACUUUCGGUGCUACACAUCAAAAAUAUGCUGACACCUUACUCGACUACGGCUUCUUCCUUCUCAACGUCGACUCUCCAUAUCAAAGUGUUAACGUAUACAAAGAAGCCCUCGAUAUCAAACGUUGUGUCUUCGGUAAUCGUAACUUCCAUGUAGCCAUAGCCUAUGAAGAUCUUUCAUACGCCUACUAUGUGCAUGAGUACAGUACCGGUAAUUUCACUUGUGCUCGAGAUCAUGUUGAAAAAGCUGUCGAUAUAUUCAAACAUCUAGUGCCAGAAGAUCAUUUAAAAUUAGCCUCCGCGAAAAGAGUUAAAGCUUUGUUGCUGGAAGAAAUAGCUCUGGAUAAAAUGGCUGAGGGUGUGGAUGAUGAAGGGCUGCUUAAACAAUCAGAAGAUUUACAUAAAUUUGCUUUGCAAUUAUCGCUGGAGGUAUUUGGCGAAGUGAAUGUACAAACAGCAAAAUUAUAUGGUAAUUUGGGAAGAUUGUAUCAGACAAUGAAUCGUUUUGAGGAGGCAGAACGUAUGCAUCAAAAAGCUAUUAAAAUUAAAACCGAUCUUUUGGGUCCUUUUGAUUACGAGGUCGGUCUGUCCAUAGGCCAUCUGGCCUCGCUGUACAAUUAUCAAAUGAAAAAGUAUCGUGAGGCUGAAGAGUUGUAUUUGCGCAGUAUAGAAAUAAGUUUACGUUUAUUUGGUCGUUCGUAUUCUGGUUUGGAAUACGAUUAUCUAGGACUGUGUCAUGUUUAUGAGGUUUUGCGGGAAUAUGAAAAAUAUUUAAAAUAUGCAAAUAUGUUGGAUAAUUGGCAAAUUUUGCGUGGACAAAAUUUAACUAUGGACAAAACCAUUUAUCCCGCUAUUAAAGAAGAUAGUACCCUGGAGGACAUCAAGUAUCAAUUUUUUACCAUGUGCACACACAACUUAACCGCUUGCAAUUAAUUAGAAAAACCAUAACAAACUGUUAAUUACUUGGUAAUCUCUUGGUAACGAUAUAAAGAAAAAGAAAAGCAAAAAUAUAAAUUUUUAAAAAUUGUGUUUACUUAAAAAAACAUUUUAGGAACUUUUACAAAAUUUAAACAAAUUUAGUAAGUAAGUAAUAAAAACAACUAAAAAAAUUCUCUAUAAAAAACCUAAAAACUUAAAAACUAAACUUUUAACGAAAAUCUUAACUAAAACAUGUUUUCAGCUUAAUUAAUUAAAAUUUUUGCUUUUUUCGUUUUUAACUAAAUUCUACACUAAAAAAAAGUAUUAAAAUAAAUUGUGUUAAAUAGAAAAAAAGGAAAAACCAGCUAAAGGUGUAGGACUUUGAUGGUGUUCAUUUUAUUAUUAACAUAUUUUAUUUUUAACAAAUUAAAAUUACUUUUUAGUUUUCAUCUUUAAAAUGACUUAAAUAAUGUUUUAAUAAUUAACUGCACAAUUAUUGUUUUAACAAGAAAAGGAAAAAGAAAAAAUAAAAAAAUAUUAUGUUAAUAAAAUCAGAAUAAUUCCACUUCUAUUAAUCUCAAAAGUCUUAUCGUGCAAAUUAUGAAAAUUUCUUUUAUUUAAAUU